AUUUCCUAGUUGCUCCCUUGAUGGCCCGCUUGCAACAUCGCGUCGUUGUGAGCGGGGCCUUAUGAAUUCCGUGCACUUAUUCGAAUUCGAAUUUUUUUUUUCAGUGUUGUGACGUCAGUGAGUUGGUGAACAAAUCUUUUGUUUUUGUGACAGUGCCUUAAGUGCAGUGAAAUGGAUUUUAAUGGAACGGUCUUUUAAAUUUACUUAUACGGGAACAAGUGUGAAAAUACAAUAAAAUAAACAGUGCCUUAUUAGAAUGUUUAUUUAAUAAGAAACGAAGGGAAAUAUAAACAGAGACGACGGCGACAAAAUGCCAAAAAACUUGUUGCUUUUCAAAAAGUUAAUACCUGAAAUAAACUUCGCGAAAAGAAAUCUUACAUCGCCGCUCGGCCGGAACAUAUAUAUCAGCUAAAACAGUGCAACAUAGUUGACACUCGUGCCAUAGUUUUUUUCGAAGAAAGAAAUUUAUGGUCUCACGUUGCCUUACGACAUAGUCGGCUUGAACACCUUUGGAGAGUGACAUUGAGCCAUGAGAAUACGAUUCGCCUGGCCAAAAAUCACUUAAUUUGAAAAUUUGAAAAACGAACAUGAACAAUAAUCAGUUCCACGAGCUGUUCGGGUCUCAGUGGCCCCCGGACCAGCACGGAGGACACUCGUCGGCCUCGACGAUGCUGCAUCAGCAGGGGUUGCCCCAAGGGAUGCAGCUGAAGCGGGAGCCGCAUGAGGUCCAAGGAAUGCACAUGGGCAUGGAUAUAACAUCAGGGUCCGUAGCUGACAGCACCUCCCCUCCCCCCAACAGCGAGGGGAUGUUUGGGUCAUCGAUCUCCGGAAUGUUCAUGGACAAGAAAUCUGCCAACUCUAUAAGAGCCCAAAUUGAGAUAAUACCAUGCAAGGUAUGCGGAGACAAGUCGUCAGGGGUCCACUACGGUGUCAUCACCUGCGAGGGUUGCAAAGGAUUCUUCAGGCGCUCACAAAGUACAGUGGUGAACUACCAGUGCCCACGUAACAAGGCGUGUGUGGUAGACCGCGUCAAUCGCAACAGAUGUCAAUACUGUCGCCUUCAGAAAUGCCUGAAGCUCGGCAUGAGUCGUGAUGCUGUCAAAUUUGGUCGUAUGUCAAAAAAGCAGCGGGAAAAAGUACAAGAGGAGGUGAAAGCGGUGCAACUUCGCACUCAAAUUGAAGCAGCUCCAGACUCAGUCUAUGACUCACAAAGACAAACGCCCAGCUCCAGCGAUCAAUUCCAUGGACAUUAUAAUGGCUAUCCGGGCUACGGAUCGCCUCUUUCAUCAUAUGGUUACAACAACACAGCGCCAACGCUCACGUCAAAUAUGAGCGGUUUGCACCAACAACCACAGCAACAGUACGACGUGUCAGCGGACUACGUUGACUCAACGACGUAUGAACCGAAACAGACGGCAAACUUUCUUGAAACAGACUUUAUUGGGAACGACGAACAACAAAAGUCAACGAUUCGUCCAACACCAACAACAACAUCAACAUCAACGUCCACAUCAACAAUCCGGCCUGUCAACGUUGACAGCCGGCGAAUACAGGAGUUCGAUCGAUACGAGGAGCGAAUACAAUCACCCGUGUCCAUAUCCAGCGGAGUUAUUAAUAUAAAACAAGAAAUUAAACCAGAAACAUCAAUCGGCGUUGACAAUCUUGUUGCAAGUUAUGUUGACUCAACGACAUAUCUACACAGUCCGUCAAACAUACAGCAUAGCCCCAUGGAGAUACAGAAUUCCGUGUUGGUCAGUCAGAAUUCCUUGAACGAGGAGCUGAGCCCGGACGAUAUGACGUCCAGUAGUGGUCAUAGAAUGAUGGAUCCGUUGAAUAUGAAUAUGUCAGGGAUGGGAAUGGUGAACCCGAACGCCGUGACGAGACGUCAUCAGGGUUCAAGUAGCUCGAGCGAAGAUUUGCCGUCGGAAGGCGAUCUAAGCAAGAUGUUGGUGAAGAGCUUAGCCGAAGCUCACGCAAACACAAAUCCAAAACUUGAAUACAUCCAUGAGAUGUUCAGAAAGCCACCAGACGUGCCUAAACUAUUAUUCUACAAUUCAAUGACAUACGAGGAGAUGUGGCUGGACUGCGCGGACAAACUGACAGCCAUGAUACAAAAUAUCAUUGAAUUUGCAAAACUCAUUCCUGGUUUCAUGAAACUCAGCCAAGAUGAUCAGAUCCUACUUCUUAAGUCAGGAUCAUUUGAGCUGGCGAUUGUCCGCCUCUCGCGAUUGAUUGAUAUCAACAGGGAGCAAGUUUUGUAUGGAGACGUCGUUCUGCCAAUAAGGGAAUGCGUACACGCACGUGAUCCUCGAGACAUGGCGCUAGUGUCGGGUAUAUUUGACGUGGCGAAGUCGAUCGCAAGACUGAAGCUCACCGAAACUGAGUUAGCUCUAUACCAGAGUCUAGUACUGCUGUGGCCAGAAAGACACAACGUUCGCGGCAACUCAGAGAUCCAAUGUCUAUUCAACAUGUCAAUGACGGCCAUGCGCCAUGAGAUCGAGACAAAUCAUGCGCCGAUCAAGGGUGACGUCACAGUUCUAGACACAUUGCUGGCUAAGAUACCCACCUUCAGAGAACUAUCGCUGAUGCACUUGGAGGCUCUAUGCCGCUUCAAGGCCGCGCACCCACAUCAUUCGUUCCCAGCGCUUUACAAGGAACUGUUCUCACUAGACAAUGUGCUCGACUACACGCACCAAUAAUAAAGAUCUCAAAUAAUGAGACUCAAAGACUUGGUUCAUUCAUUUUUCACUUUCAUUUCGCCCAAACUGAUGGCCCCGCACACAAUUGUUAACCUAUUUAUACAUUGUAUGUAUGUACAUUGAGACUGUUACAAUGCUAUUUACGUACGUACGUAUAUAUAUAAAUGUUUAUUUAAUUUGUAUCUAAGCGUGCGCGGGCGCCGUCAGUUUUACAUUUAUUAUUAAGAUUCGUAAUAAAUGUACGGCUUUACGGACUCGUCUACAAGUGCGCGAUUUUUUUUCGCGUAUCAUGGAGAUAUCAUGAUGUAUCUAACAUGAUAAAAUAAUUAUAUAAAGAUAUAAUAAUAGAAAUAGAGUUUUUAUUAAGAAAUAAAUACAGAAGUUAUGUAGCGGAAUAAUGAUCACACAACGGUUUUCUUUAGCGAAACGUUUUCAUAGGUUUUAUAAUUAUUUCAACAUUUAUGCUAACUUGUUAUUUAUUUCAAAUGAUUAUUAAUAUUGACGUUUUUUAUUUCGAUUUAAGAUCGGUUAUGUAAUAUAAGAGUACAGAUACUGCCCGAUUUUUUGUAGUCUUUUUCUUUGGCUUUUAAAUGAAGGUGUCGAACACAAAAGCGAAGAAAAAUUAAUGAAUAUUAUAAAAGUAUAAUUAAUAAGUUGCGUAUUGAACAAAAUCAGGCGAGCAAUUGUAUUAUAUUAUUAUUAGAAUACUCAAAUCUUAUUAUGGCGGGACGUUAAAGCGUUUUAUUUAUACUUUAAUAAAUU